AUGGUUAGGGUUGGUGAGCGACGAACCCUCGCCUUGGGUAUUGAAGGCAGUGCAAACAAAAUCGGUGUGGGAAUUGUCGAUGAUACAGGCGCAGUGCUCUCAAAUGAGCGUGAAACCUACAUCACUCCAGCAGGAACAGGCUUUCUUCCUCGGGAGACGGCGCAGCACCACACGGCGUACAUCCUGCGGCUAGUGCAAUCCGCUCUGGCAGCGGCAAAGGUUGAGCCAUCCGACAUCAGCGUCAUCUGCUACACAAAAGGCCCAGGGAUGGGGGCACCGCUCGCUGUGGGCUGCACCGUCGCGAAGACGCUGUCAUUGCUGUGGUCGGUGCCGUUGGUUGGCGUGAACCACUGCAUUGGGCACAUAGAGAUGGGUCGUGUUGUAACGGGUAGCAAGAACCCCGUGGUGCUCUACGUGAGUGGUGGCAACACGCAGGUAAUAGCCUAUGCGGAGCACCGCUACCGCAUCUUUGGUGAGACAAUUGACAUUGCGGUGGGGAACUGUCUUGACCGUGCAGCACGACUGCUUGGGCUCUCCAACGAUCCUGCACCCGGCUACAACAUUGAACAGUGCGCCAAGCGCGGCCGUCUCUUCAUUGAGCUCCCGUAUGUCGUGAAGGGAAUGGACAUGUCAUUCAGCGGCCUCCUCUCCUUCGUUGAAAGGCUCUUGCAGCAUCCUCAGUUCAAGGACAAGGAGAGAUGUGCAUCCUAUUUGUCGUCACUUACUGCAGCACAGCGAUGUGCACUUCCUAGUGUGGUACAGUGCGCCGUAGAUGAGCCGUUUGGCAUCGAUGAUAUUUGUUACUCACUACAAGAAACAAUGUUUGCGGUGCUAGCAGAGGUGACCGAAAGAGCCAUGUCGCAGUGUGCGUCAAGCGAGGUGCUUAUUGUCGGUGGCGUCGGCUGCAACGUCCGGCUGCAAGAAAUGAUGCGGCAAAUGGCGGAAUCUCGCGGCGGUUGCUGCUUCGACAUGGACGCGCGCUACUGCAUAGACAACGGCUGCAUGAUUGCCUAUGCGGGGAUGCUGGAGUAUCUGGCGGGAGGUUUCACGCCGCUGCCCAACGCCACCAUCACGCAAAGGUUCCGCACCNGGAGUAUCUGGCGGGAGGUUUCACGCCGCUGCCCAACGCCACCAUCACGCAAAGGUUCCGCACCGAUGAGGUGA